GACUCCUGGGAAAGGAUGGGCCCCACCCUUGGAAGAGAGGAUGCGGUCAAGGCAGGACGUCCCUUCAAGGGCCUCUUAAUUUGGGUGGAUAUUUUUCCCCCCCCCCCCCCGUCUCCUUUCCGCACUCUGACCGUCUCCUUCCGCUUCCUGCUCGGUAGGACCCAGCCGCCCCCCAGCCUCCCCGUGGGACCCAGCCACAAGCUAGCCGACAACUACUACUGCACGAGAGACGGGCGCAGGGAGGCCUUUCCGCCCAUUGUCCUCAUGGCGGCACAGAAGAAGCUGGCGCCCGGAGCGGAAGCAGGAAGCUCCGACUCUUCCGUCACGAGGACGGAGAAGCUGCCCGUGACCCCUGGCACCCCCCCUCGGAAGUGGGAACUGUCCAAGGACGAGCCCUAUUUGUGAGACUGUCCCCCGGGGGCUCCAAGGCAGGGUUGCUUGAGAGCAGCCAGUCGGGUCUUGGUACUUGCUAGGAUGAGCAUCACCACCUAAGGACUUUUUUCUCCACCUGGGCUAAUUAAAUAAAUGCAACCCAUGAUGUAACUAUUAAGUUGUAUGUGAUUUUAAGGGGCGUGUUGGGCUGGGAAAAUAGAAUUUGAGGAGCAGAUGUUGGAAUUGUUAACCCAGCUCUAACAGCCAGAAUAAACGAAGGCACAAGAUA